GUCAGUCAUCUGUGCUUUUGGAAAGCUGGAACAACGCUGCGCGUUACGUAGAGGAGCGGCACACUUCUAUUACCGAAGUGACCUGCGCGUUUUAUCCCUCUUUUAGCUUUAGUUUGAAAGGACUGUCAUGUCUAAACACAGAAAGGAUCAUAGUUCGCUCUUCAUAUGAAUGCGCAAAAACAACAAUGUUGAGGGAAUAAAACGCGUGCCGUUUGGACAGGUGCAUCCCAGAUCACCACCAUCAUCAGAAAAGUUUUCUCACUGACUCACUGUGAAAAUGGAUUACCAGCUGCUGGAUUUCUUGCAACUUGUCUUGCAAACUUUGUUUCCAAACAGACAUUGAAGGAGCUCUCUCCUAACUGAACUGACCAUGCACUGGGACAUGAUGGUUUGUCUGUUCUAACUAUGGAUAACUAACCUGCCUUUACAUCCAGACUGCUAAACAUGAAAACUCUUUGGAGUGGUCAGUUUGUGAUGGUGAUAUUGAAGUGCGCAGUGAUCUUAUUUCCUGGAUUCCUGCAGGGCUUCACAGAGUCCAGAUGUGUUGGCCGUGCUUGCAGCCCUCCUAUGGGUAACUUGGCCAGUGGCAGGACCCUUUUCACGCUGACUAGCUGCUGCACUAAUAGCUCUUCCUGCCUGCCAACCCAGCCACGCUGUCUAGCAGAGCUUCAUCCUCCUGCCCUCAUGGCCGAUGACCCGUUUAUUCAUCCAGAUACCUGGUGGGGCUCAGCAGCGGCCACUGGAGAACAGGAAGAAAUCCGUCUUGACUUGGAGACACGGUUCUGCAUGAGUCACGUUGUGAUGUUGUUCCGUUCCCCACGUCCCGCUGCUAUGAGGUUGGAGCGCUCACAAGACUUUGGCCAGACCUGGGAGACACUAAAGCUGUUUGCCAGGAACUGCACUGAGAUGUUCGGGCUUCCUGAUGAUGUCAGUCAACCAGGAUCUCUCUGCACUUCCAGAUAUUCCAGUGCGGUCCCGUGCAGCCGAGGAGAGAUCAUAUUCCGGUCCAUAGGAUUGGGAAGUGGGAUUGUUGAUCCCUACAGUCCUGAGGCGCUGUCCCGACUGACAGUGACUAACUUACGAAUACAGCUCUUAAAAUCUCAACAGUGCCCCACCUCAAAGAGCCAGCGGAGCGUCCCGGAGCAGUCAAACCUGCCCUUUUUACCCACAACUCAAGCUCCGACGCCAAGUUCUGAUCCUCUAGAUUCAACCCCAUUUGCUGUGUACUCUCUUUUGGCUAAAGGGACAUGUUUGUGUCAUGGCCACGCUGAACAUUGCCUUUCUGAAAAUGGAGGACAAGACAGACUGCAACCCAGUAAUGUGGUGUCUGGGAAGUGUGUGUGUAUCCACCACACAGCGGGCGAGCACUGUGAAAGGUGUGCCCCGCUCUACAACGACCAGCCCUGGAGAGCAGCCAACGGAAGCAGUGGUGAGAGCAACCCAUGCCAGAAGUGUGAAUGUCACGGCCACGCAGAGAGCUGCCACUUCUCCCAGCGAGUGUGGAUGUCCACAGGGGGCAGUAGCGGGGGUGUCUGCGACAACUGCCAGCAUAACACUGUGGGCCGCCGGUGCCAGCGCUGUCGCCCUGGAUACCACCGCCACCCUGCCAGACCCCUCAACUCCCCGCAUGCUUGCACACGAUGCUGGUGUGACCCAGUUGGUUCGGUGCCAGUACAUUCCAGCGACGGGACACCAUGGUGCCAUCCUAGAAGUGGACAGUGCCACUGUAAACCUGGUGUGGGCGGCACCACCUGCAGCCACUGUCUAGAAGGGUACUGGGGUUUUGGAGAGGAGGGCUGCAAAUCUUGUGUGUGCCCUUCGACUUGUGAUCCCAUCACGGGUCAUUGCCUAGACAGCAAAGGCAGUGUCAAGCUUUACAAUGUACCAAUUGGUGGGAAAAUUCCUGAACUGUCCCACUUUAAACCUCAGGAGGACGAGAGGGUGUGGCCUAAAGAACUGGCCGUCUCUGCACUGUACUAUACAGGGAAGUGCAGCUGUAAGGAAAAGAAGCUGAAAAGCGUGUCAGAUCUUUGCAAGAUGAAGCACGCAUAUGUGAUCAAAGCCAGCGUGCUUUCAGCUCAUGAUAAAGGCACACAUGCAGUUGUCCUGGUGAAAGUACGUAAGGUGUUUCGCUCUGGAAAACUGCCCCUUUCCCAGGGCACGCACAGUCUCUACCCACUCUCCUGGACCAGCCGUGGCUGCACCUGUCCCAUUCUCAACCCAGGUGGGAACUAUCUACUGGCGGGUCCUGAAGAAGUAGACUCAGGACGGCUACUGGUCACCAUGCAGAGUCUAGUAGUCCCCUGGACUCCCAUCCUGGGCUUUCAGGUCACAGAAGCACUGCAUCAGGGCUGCCUAUGAGCAAGACUUUACCCAGAUGUACAGUAGCACAACACUUGACAGCCCUCACUUGAAAUGAUGCCAUUGUACCAAAGCAGGCAGCUGGAUCCUAAAUGGACCAUGACCAUGACACCAGAUGAAACUGAAAUGGAACGUGGGUAAUUACCAGAAAAACAGGAUUCAUGAAGUAGUUGUAUGGCAACAUGCACUGAAUAGUCACUUAAUUGUCAUACAGUGCAACUUAAAGGGAUAGUUCACCUAAAAAUAAAAAUUCUGUUAUUAAUUACUCACCCUCAUGCCAUUCCAAACCUGUAAGACCUUUGUUGAUUUUAAAACAGAAAUUAAGAUAUUUUUGAUUCUCUCUGAUCCUGCAUAGACAGCAAAGGUUCUAUCAUGUUCACGGUUCAGAAAGGUACCAGAAACUUGGGGUGUGCGAUAUAUAUCGUCUGCGAUAAUAUCAUAAUUGAUGUUUUAAUGAUGUUCAAUUUGACAUUAUCAAGUAUUUUGCAAAAACCAUUCAAAACACAUACCGAGUGCAUUACGUGAAGUCUAGACUAGUGCCUGUAACGUUAUGCAUUAAAGAAGUUCACUUCCAGAACAACAAUUCACAAAUAAUUUACCCACCCCCUUGUCAUCCAAGAUGUUCAUGUCUUUCUGUCUUCAGUCGUAAAGAAAUUAUGGUUUUGAGGAAAGCAUUUCAGGAUUUUUCUUCAUAUAAUGGACUUGAUUGGUGCCCCGAUUUUGAACUUCCAAAAUGUAGUUGAUAUGCAGCUUCAAAGGGCUCUAAAUGAUCCCGGCCGAGGAAGAAGGGUCUUAUCAACCGUGAUUCUAUGAAGCUGCAAGAAUACUUUUGGUGCGCAAACAACUAAAAUAACUCAGAAGACGAACGAAGGUCUUGCAGGUUUGGAACAACAUGAGGGUGAGUAUUAAUGACAGGAUUUUAAUUUUUGGGUGAACUAUCCCUUUAAGCAAGGCUCUUCACAAAUAACAGUUCAUCUUGGUGGCUGUUGUCCUGUGGAUAUGACAGGACGUGGAUAUGGCAUUCAUAAGACUUUCAUAAGAUUUUGUACUCAUUCGCUGUAGUUUUUAGAUUAUCGCCAUCAAAAACUAGUUUCUUGAAGAUACAAAUGGACAAUUGAUAAACACAAGGCAGUGAAUCCAAAGAACUGCAGGACAUUUUUGAGAUUCAUUCACAGUUUUGUAUUUUAUUUGCUUCUUGUCUUA